AUGGCUUCUGAGGAUAAACGCCCACGCUACAAAAUCAACAUCGGAAAUGUGAAUAUCAGCAAUCACUACUUUGGAGGUCGCUUGCGCUGGUCUGAUCCUCCUCCUGAUGAACUCAAAACCAUGGAAGAAGUACAGGCGCGAAUCGAUGAGCUCUAUGAGUCUGGAGUCCCGUUCUUUUCUAAGGAGGGCAUUCGUUUUGUCUAUGAGCAGUGUAAGCGCAAACCUCCUCGCGGUGAAAUGAUCUACGUCAAGGACAUCACUGGGGCGUUGGUUGAGUUUGAGUGCCAGACGGGGGAUGUCAAGGGGGAAAUUGAGAGGGAUGGUGUCGAAUUGGAGUACAUUCUCCUCGACCCGGUGAUUUCAUACGACUGCCGCGCUCAUCUGAAACACCAUCUCUGGUGGGCAGGUAUCAGAAAAGAACGACCUCCAUUCUGCAGUCUGACAAUCCAACAUCCUUCACUGAAAUUCAACACCAAGACCAAAGAACCCGUCAAUCCAUGGCCGACUCAACCCCGUGAAAAAGUGGCCGAGACAUUCCAGACCCAUUCCAAGGGUUGGCGAGAGACCGAGGUCGCCAAGAAGCUUGUUCCGUUCCUGAAUACGUACGCGGCGACUCAUUCCAUCACCAAGAUUGUGGGUCUUGCUUUGGGGGCUAUUUCGUAUCAUUACGAUACUCGUCCGCGCUGCUAUAUCCAACAUGCUUUGCUACUGAUCCUGCGGGACUGGCUGGUUGAGCGUGAGAAGACGCAGGAUGUCGUGUGCUACGCUCAAGAUCCUGGUUAUCGGUCUGUUGAUAGGGAGGUAUUGAAUGAGCAUGGAAUUGAGGUGAUUGAUGAUCCUCGGGCGUGGCUGGAAAUUGACGACGAGUCUGUCGUGUACUCGGUUAGUCCGAAUGUGCCGGUGAAGGAGAUUGUGGCCGAUAUUGCUCGGCCCGCGAUUGUUAUUUGGGAGCGGGUUGGAUUUAUGGAUGGGGAUCAGGAGGGGAAGAUGUCUUGCACUGAUCCUUGCUCGCCUCGGGUGCGGGCGAUGAUGGAGCAGUAUGAGUUGUUUGACUUUGGGGCGGAGGAUGAUGACAAUUUCUCGCGGACGGUGUUUAUAUCUAGUAUGUCUAUCCUUGAGAGCCAGUCACUGGAGAUUGGUGGCCUGGUUGCCUGGUAG